UCGAGCGAAUUUUCAGACAUCGUCGGAGGCUGUUGGCAGACACAGACAAUAUUGGGUUACGUGAGCUAUGAUAUCCUGUCUCAAGAUACCAUUGAUUUCAUUUUUUAAGCUGAGGUUGAGUCAGGCCUGGUAGGGAAAAUAAGAGAACUGAAACGUAAAUAAGGAACAGACAGAGGAAAUAAACUCAUUCGGGCUACUAUUGCAUUGGCUUGUUGCAUGAGAGUAUCAACGAGUUGAAUGGGGGUCACAGCUGCAUGGCUGGUGCGCAGAAACGGACCGACACGAAGGCGAUGACAGCUGCUCGUUAGUUCUGUAGUCUACUCAGCGGCUUGUGUGACGAAGGGACAGACAGACAGAAAGAAAAUCAAAGAAGGCAGUGGUCUUACACCAGAGGCUUCAUCCUACCAUUAACAAAACAGAAGAAACUGCGUGGAAACUGCUAACAAUUAUGCAAGAGCUUGAGGGAUUCUGGCUUGUUACUCUCUCAUUUUUCGCCAUGCUGCAUAUGAAUGAGGCUGGCAGCUGCUGGAGUAUUUCCAAGAAAGGCCAGUGUGGCCAGCUUCUCAAGCGAGGCGUCUCCUUCGACCAGUGCUGCAAAAGCAACGAACAGUUUCUCAGCAAAAAUCGACUUGCUUAUUCAGACCGAGAUGCAAAGUCCUCAAGACAGCUUUUCUUCCUCGUCUUCGUGAACCGCCCACGUGUUUGCAAGCCAUGCUCGGACCCCUGUGCUGGUGUCCGCUGUGGAGUGAAUAGUAGAGCAGUGUGUACUUUAACCAAAACGAGAAAAGCUAGGUGUGUUUGCAAUCCGGACUGCAGUAAUACACACCCGGGCAAGGUCUGCAGCACCGACCAAAGGACUUAUGCGUCCGAAUGUGACCUUCUGAGUGAGAGUUGCCGUACCAGGAAACAAAUUGAGGUUGAUUAUCAAUCAGAAUGCAAAGAAUCCUGCAGCGGAGUCAUUUGUCCCAAGAACAAGCUUUGUGUGGAAGAUCAGUACAGAAUUCCCCAUUGCAUUAGUAACGCCAUUUGCAAGUCUAGCUGCGAUAUAAAGCCGGACGAUGAGAUGCUCUGCGGAACUAACGGAGUCACCUACUCAAGCCUGUGUGCCCUGAGACAAGUUGUGUGUCAACAUGGAGUGAAGGAACGAGUUGGAAUCGCCUAUAAAGGAGCAUGCAUAAGCCAUGCUACGUGCGAGAAGAUUAAAUGCAGUGGCAAAAACAAAUGUCUUACGGACGGUAGCAAUGUCCGUUGCGUCAAAUGCGAGUCAUUCUGUAUCGGUGGCUUCCACAUUCAGAAACCUGUUUGCGGCAGUGACAACAAAACGUACAAGAACUGGUGCUCACUCAGACGGGCGGCCUGUUCAAGUGGCAAGCACAUCGAAGUUAGAAAGAACGGCAAGUGUUAAGGUCAUGGCCGCUAAGAUUGUAGAACGUUUGUCAGUCAGUGGUAUGUUACGUCAUUUCAUUGCUGAUUAACUGUAUAUAACCUGUUAUUUAUUUCAAGGUAAAAUUAUUUCUAGGUAUAAACAGACAUUCAAGUAUGGUGAAAUUUGGAUAGAAUUCCUCUGAUGUAGCAUAUUCCAUAUUAUAAGCAAAAAGGUAUUAGUAUAUAUUCGUUGUAAAAAGUUUUAAUUUAUGCUUAAAAAUUAUCAUAAAUUA